AGAGGCGGUAUCCCGGCCGACUGGUUGGCUGUAAAUUCACCAGAACGCCAGCUUCCCCCGUUGGCAGGUGAACAUUCUGUCCCUGCUCGAGAACACGCUAUUGCACCGUCAACUUAUGCCCCCAGACUCGACAACCACAAUCCUGUGGAUUGGCCUGCCCCAGUCUUCCAGUCACACUGUCUCUCGACAGUGCCCACUCACUCACUCACCCACUUACUCACUCACUCACUCGCUCACUCACUCACUCAUUCAAUCACACCAUCUCAUUUUCUCUUCCUUCUCGUGCCUCCGCCCUGUCUGCCACUCGGUUACCGGCGUACAACGGAUGCGUACACAUUUCCCCCGGCCGAACCAGGCUCGAGCAGACGGACCGGUUGCUGUGUUGUCCUUCUAUGUCCGAGUUGUACGUUUUUUCCUACACUCCCACACCAUCACACACAAACACACGCCCACUUCCAAUAG